GAAACGAUCAUGUUCCACACUUUGGAUAGCUUUGAUACUGAAUUUUCUGCUGACUCUAUCGAAUGGUGCCCAGCAAAUUCUUUCAAAGAUAUAUUUGUAUGUGGAACAUACCAGUUAAUAAAAGAGAAUGAAGCAACAUUGGACGAAUCGGAGGCAUUGAAACGCCUAGGACGAAUCUACAUGUUUCGUGUUGUGGACAAUGGAUGUCUAGUCCUGUUACAAAAGUUAGAAGUACCUGCUGUAUUAGAUAUGAAAUGGGCGCAUGUUAUAUAUCAAAAUAAAAUUUUAUUAGGCGUUGUCAAUUCAUUAGGCUAUUUACAAGUAUAUCAAUUAAAAAACGAUGAAGGAAAAGAAGCUUUACAAUUAUUAACGGAGAAAAAAAUUUCGCACGAUGAGGAAGUAAUUGCCUUAUCUUUAGAUUGGUGUACUGGAAGAUGGAUGGAUAAUAACGAUUCGCAUUCAAAAAUUGUAGUCAGCGAUUCAAAAGGAUUCGUAACAUUGUUUGAAAUAAACGAAAAUGAACUUAACGUAAUUAAUUUGUGGCCUAUGCACAAAUUUGAAGCUUGGAUUGCUGUUUUUGAUUAUUGGGACACAAAUGUGAUAUAUACUGGUGGCGAUGACUGUAAAUUCCAAAGUUUUGAUACAAGAAUGGGUACAUAUCCUAUAAUUUUGAGCAAAAUUCAUGGUGCUGGCGUUACGAGCAUUCAUAGUAACGCAAAGAAAGAGUUUUUAUUAUCAACUGGAAGUUACGAUGAAACGUUGAGACUAUGGGAUACAAGACAUUUAAAACGACCCGUUUCGGAAACCAAUCUUGGUGGUGGUGUGUGGCGUUUGAAAUGGGAUCCUUUUACACGAAAAUAUUUGCUUGCCGCUUGCAUGUAUGGCGGUUUUAGAAUAAUUGACUGCGAGAGAACAGAUGCACCAUCUGUUAUUGGUGAAUAUAACGAGCACGAAAGUAUAGCGUAUGGAUGCGAUUGGUCCUUUUUAAACAGUGCAGAAAUUGCAAAACAAAUACUCGGUACGGAAGUACAAAAUGUCUCUCUGAUCGGUACCUGCUCCUUCUACGAUCACGUUUUAAAAUUAUCUGUGACGUAUUUAAAUAACGAUUAAAAACAUUUUUAAUAAAAGAAUGA